UCCAGUCAGGCAAGAAAAGAAGCAGCUGCUGGCCAAAGUUAUUUCUUCAUGGGAAAACUCCAAAUGAAUCGAAGCACCCAGGCAGGGCUGGGUGAGAGUGAGACUGGGGCAGGAUGGCAGCAGAUGAGUGGUUAGGCAGUCACAUCUGAGACCUUGGGCAUCCCUGGCUGGCUUCACUUUGCUCACACUAUUCCCCAGACUUCUGAAAACAGAGGAAAUCAGCAAAUGAGUGGUGAUGGAUGUGAGGGUCAUCCACUGCCUGCUCCUUUGGGCUGCACACUUCUUCCUGGCUGUGCCACACACCAUUCCCAGGGUUCUCAGUAACACAUCAAAGACUGGUGAUGAGCAAGAUGCCUGUAUAAAUCUCAUUCCCUGCCAAGAUAACGGAGCGAUUUGUAUUCAGCCUUGCUCUCCCUCUUUCCAUGGGGAGACGAGCUUUGUCUGUGAAGACAGAAAGUGGCAGAUGUUGUCAGAUGCUUGUGCAAACCUGGAUGUUCAGUCCCUCUUUCAGAGGAUAUCCCAAAGUGAACUCCUCUCAUGCUCUGGAGGACACGGUGGUGCUGCUGGAGAACAUCUUCCUUUUGUAGGAGGAGGAAAGCCAGGGCAUGGGAAGCCUGGAGAUGGAGCAAAACAUUUUGGUGCUGGGAAUCAUAGCUGCCAAGCUGAUUUCUCGUGCAUCAUCCCAGACAUCCUGUCUUCACCAGCCAUCCCAGGAAACAUUGCUGACAUAGUGGAAUUGCUAAAGAAGAUUUCCCUGCAGCUAUCAGAGAAUGUCACUAGAGGAAAAAUGCAGAGCUACAGCAGGAUAGCAAACCAUAUUCUGAACAGCUCCAUCAUUUCCAACUGGGCUUUUGUAAAGGACAGAAACGCUGGUUCAAUAUUACUGGACUCGGUGAAUUUAUUUGCUGGGAAACUUCUUCUAAGAAACGGGUCAGAGAGUAUCCAGGAGCCUUUCAUCGCUACCAAAGGCUACAGCAUACACAGAAACACUUCAGCAAAGAGCUUUGACUUUUCCAUGGAGUUCAAUAGCACGGUCAACAUCACUGGGCAGGUGGUGAUUCCAGAGGAUGAGCUCCUGAGGUUACCCAGGGCUUCCAAAGCCAUCAGCGUGGCGCUGCCGACGCUGGGGGCCAUCCUGGAGCCCAACCAGCCGGACCCCGCCUUCGUGAACGGGCUGGUGCUGUCGGUGUCGCUGCCCGAGGAGCUGCGGAGCGUGGUGCUGACCUUCGGGAAGCUGGACAGGCGGGAGCAGGCGGGGGCUCGGUGCGUGGGGUGGCACUCCCUGGAGCGGCGCUGGGACGCGGGGCCGUGCGCGCUGCGGGCGCUCAGCGCCGCCGCCGUGGUGUGCCAGUGCGCGCCCCGGCGCCGCGCCUACCGCUCCUUCUCCAUCCUCAUGGCCCCCGGCGCGCCCCGCAGCCCGCUGCUCGCCCUCCUCACCCGCCUGGGGCUGGGCCUCUCCAUCCUCAGCCUGCUCCUCUGCCUGCUCAUCGAGGCUCUGGUGUGGCGCCACGUCACCAAAACACAAAUAACCUUCAUGCGCCACUUCUGCCUGGUCAACAUCGCCGCCUCGCUCCUCGUCGCUGACGUCCUGUUCAUCCUGGCAGCCAUCGUGCACGACACAGCCCUAAACUACCAGCUCUGCGUGGCAGCCACCUUCUUCCUUCACUUUUUCUAUCUUGCCCUGUUUUUUUGGAUGUUUACCCUGGGCCUCUUGAUUCUCUAUGGAUUAUUAUUAAUUUUUUUUAAGAUAACGAGAUCUGCGUUCUUAGCUGCAGCGUUCUCUAUUGGAUAUGGAUGUCCCUUGGUCAUAUCUGUCCUCACUGUUGCUAUUACUGAACCCAAAAAUGGGUAUUUAAGGAGUGAAGCCUGCUGGCUCAAUUGGUAUGAGACAAAAGCCCUUCUGGCUUUUGUGGUACCUGCCUUGAGCAUCAUUGUUAUGAAUCUCAUUGUGGUGGUCGUGGUUGUGGUGAAGACUGGGAGAUCCUCAUUUGGAGAAGGCUGCAAGUCACAAGAUUUGAGCAGCAUGAUCCGAGUCAGCAAAAACGUUGCCCUUCUGACACCUCUGCUGGGCCUCACCUGGGGGUUUGGAUUAGCAACAAUCAUCGACAGCCGCUCUCUGGCCUUCCACGUCGUGUUUGCGCUGCUGAACGCCUUCCAGGGAUUCUUCAUCCUGUUGUUUGGAACACUUCUGGACAGAAAGACAAGAGAAGCCUUAAGGAUGAACUGCUUUUCAUCAAGGCGGACGUGGGGUCUGGAAAAGUCCUAGCUGUGGACUGUUGUCUUCAGUGGAUCUGAGCAAGAAGAAAAGGAGCAAUUCUUACAGAGAGGUGCUGGUUUGAGGGGAGCUGAAGAGCCUGACCAGCUCAGAGCAUGGACAGCACUGGCUGGGAGCACAACAUGGGAAGCAUCAUGAAAACCUGAAGAGAAAAGGACCUGGACCUGCUGUCAGGAGCAGGAACCAUCAGUGUUGCUGCAGCCCUUGGAGGAAACAUGCUGAAACAUAAAGCUUGUUUCUCACCUUUGUGGAAACUGCUGGGAGGAGAGUUUGUCCUCGUUUGCCAUUUCAGUGCUUCAAUUUCUUUCUUCUUUUCUUUUUUCUCUUUUUUUUUUUUUUUUUUGCCAGUGCAAUAAGGAGCUGUACAGUAUGUGGAGCUGUUCUAAAACUAUUUAAUUUUUCAUGUGAUGUACAAAUGUUGAGUAUUAUCUAGCUGAUUUUGGCUGUCUUUUGAGCAAAAUUGAUUCUAUUUGUUGCUACUAUAUUCAUAAUUUCCAUUUGUCCUCCCAGGCUGAUGGACAAUUCUGCUUCUGCAUUGCAGCCAUUCUCUCCCUCCCAACAUUUGUUGUCUCUAUCUCAGUACUUGUGUACCAAAGGAAUUGUACAAAGCUCUUCUGAUCUGUCAGGACAGAAUUUUUAUUCUUUUUCCUGUCCUGCAAGACAAUGACAGAGAUGAACACGAAAGAGGAUGCUGCAAAUAUUCAAUUUCCCCCUUUAGAUAUGGCAAAGGAAGCAGAGCUAAUCAAAUGGAUGGAAAUGUCCUAACAAAGGAGAUUGUUUCUCCAUGUGAGAUAGGGUGUCUUGUUUAAUUAGAAAAUCUGUCCUUGAUCUGAGAAACCCUUUCUAAUGAAGGCUUUGAUAGAAAUAUUAUUGACUCUU